AUGGGGGACUCUGACCAGCAUCUUCAUGUGCAAGAAGUCAAGUCUGCAUUUAGAUGCUAUUUCUUGGCCAUGCUGGCUGCCAGCAUCUUGGCUUUUCUUGGGACUUUCUUCACAGCCAGAGCUAAUCAGGGCUCCUUGGAAGUGCCAAUUGGGGGCCAGUUGUGGCACAUACCAGGAAUAGACACAGGUGAGGAGCACAUCCUCAUGCAGAGGAGACUCUUCCUCUACAACUUCAGGAACCUGCGCAAGGCCAAGGGCCGGCGCGAGACCUACCUCUGCUAUGUUGUGAAGCGCCGGGACAGCGCCACCUCGUGCUCCCUGGAUUUUGGAUACCUGCGCAACCAGAUGGGCUGUCACGUCGAGGUGCUCUUCCUGCGCUACAUCGCAGCCUGGGACCUGGACCCGGGCCGCUGCUACCGAAUCACCUGGUUCACCUCCUGGAGCCCCUGCUACGACUGCGCCCAGCACAUCGCCAGCUUCCUGCGCUCCUACCCCAACCUGACCCUGCGCAUCUUCAUGGCCCGCCUCUACUUCUGCGAGGACCGCAAGGCAGAGCCCGAGGGGCUGAGACGCCUGCACAAGGCGGGGGCACAGAUCGCCAUCAUGACCUUCAAAGAUUACUUCUACUGCUGGAACACGUUUGUGGAGAACAGGGAACAGGCAUUCAAAGGCUGGGAAGGGCUGCAUGAAAACUCUGUCCAUCUUGCCAGGAAACUUCGACGAAUCCUCCUGCCGCUGUAUGAAGUAGAUGAUUUACGAGAUGCUUUUAAACUUCUGGGACUUUGA